AUGGAGGGGGUUGAAAGUAGCAGCAAUAAUGGUCCAAUAGCAUCAGUUGAACCAAUUGAACAGGUCUUCGAUGAUUUUGAACUUAAUAUACUGAAAGCAUGGAUGUGUACUGUUUCGGUGAACAUGUCUAUGCACACGAGAGAACCUAUUAGGGACAGUAAAUUGUCAGGGCCUGAAUGGAUAAGAGAGAUUCUUUAUGGACAUUCAGAUAGGAUAUAUGAAACUUUUCGAAUGGAGAGGCAUGUUUUUCUCAACCUUUGUGAUUUAAUGAAGGCGAGGGGUUGGUUGGCAGAUAGUCGAUAUAUUAGGGUAGACGAACAAGUUGGGAUAUUUUUAUCUAUGAUUUCUCACAAGAACUCGAAUAGAGAUUUAUGUGAGAGAUUCCAACAUUUGGGACAAACUAUCAGCAAGUACUUUGCUAAAGUGUUGCAAGCAGUUCUGAAUUUGGCAAGAGAAAUUAUCGUACCACCUUCAUUUGAUGUUGUCCCAGAAGAAAUUCUUAUCAAUCCUAAAUAUAAUCCUUACUUUAAGGGCUGCAUAGGCGCUAUUGAUGGCACUCACAUUCAUGCUUCUGUACCAGUGUCGAAACAGAUCCCAUUUAGAGGCAGGAAAGGAAUUACCACUCAAAAUGUGAUGUGUGUUUGUUCAUUUGAUAUGAAAUUUACAUUUGUGUAUGCUGGUUGGGAAGGUUCUGCCAACGAUUGUCGGGUGCUCUCGGCAGCACUCGAGACACAUCGCUUACAAUUUCCUCGACCUCCACCAGGCAAAUACUACGUGGUAGAUUCUGGUUAUGCUGCAGCUCCGGGAUUUUUGACUCCUUUCAAAGGGGAACGGUAUCAUAUUAAUGAUUUUAGGGGUAGAGUGAGGCAGGCAACAACAGCAAGAGAAUUAUUCAACCAUAGGCAUUCUUCACUAAGGAAUGUUAUUGAGAGAUCAUUUGCGGUGUUAAAGAAUCGCUUUUUCAUUUUGAGACACAUGCCUUCAUUUUCAAUUCAAAAGCAGUCAUGUAUUGUAAUUGCAUGUUGUGCUAUUCAUAAUUACAUCCGUGAUCAAGACAAGAUGGAUAAGAACUUUUCUCAAUAUGGUGAUUCAGAAUAUCCGUUUGGAAAUGCACAAGAUGAGGUUAUUGACGAUACAUCGACUGAGGAGGAUAUCGAGAUCAACAUGCUUAAGAAAAGAAUUGCCAAUCAAUUGGCAAUUGAUAAUAAUAUGGCGGAGAUUCCAUGAAAAUGUGUUUCCGACUUUUCUAAUGUAUUUUCUUUAUUUUGUAUUUGAGGAUUUUUUAUGUUGGCUCUUGUAAUGUGACGUGGUAUUUUGGGAUCUCCUAUAUUGGCUCUUGUAAUGUGAUGUGCUUGGUUUACUUUUCUCCAUAAGCAUUUGGGAUAUUAUGAGGAACGAUGCAUACUCACAAAUAUUGAGAGCAAAUAUCGAGAGCGAUGGUGGUUGAAUGUUGAAGACC